ACUAGGACCUGCCUGCAUCCCUCACACUGAGCCUGCACAGAGGGACUAAAUAUAGCACAGCCAGGAGCUGUGGGCACAAGCCACAUGAGCACCCGUCCAUGCUGCUGGGAGGCGGCAGCCAGUGCGCUGCUGGUGCUGGGGACACCGCGCCCUUGGCCAGCGGAGCUGCAGUGGGCAAGGUGACCGCUUCACUGCUCAUCAGCAAUGCCAGGACAGCCUGCAACGUGGAGCUGCUCGUGCGAGAGGGGGUCACCUUCUGCGUGAAUGUCACCAGGCAGCAGCCCUUCCCUGGCCUCCAGCAGGCCCAAGGCAUGCGCGUGCCUGUUUUCGAUGACCCAGCUGAGGACCUGUACUGCUAUUUUGACCCGUGCAGCGAUGCCAUAGAAGAAGCUGUCAAGAGCGGCGGGAAGUGCCUGGUGUUCUGUAAGAACGGCCGCAGCAGAUCCGCUGCUAUCUGCACUGCUUACCUGAUGAAACACCAAAACCUCCCACUCAAGGAUGCUUUUGAGACGGUGAAGACUGCCAGGCCAGUAGCAGAACCCAAUGCAGGGUUUUGGUCUCAGCUACAGAGAUAUGAAGAAGAUUUGAAAAUACUAAAGCAGUCUGAUCUGCCGAGCAAAGGACUGAACUCAUUUUAAAACAUCUCUACACAUUGCCGUUUUUAAGCAGCUCACUGCAGCUGAAGUAGAAAAAAAAAAUGGCAGCAUAUAUCACCUAUGUAUAAAAUGCCUUACUUGCUA